AUGCCGCCUUUCAAAGAUGAGCACGUAUUAAUAAUAGCGCCUGGCUCGGCCAUUACCCAGACACAACUUGGCCUACCAGAAACAUUUACACCUCCACGAUGGCGCUUUCCAACACGAAUGUUUCCGGGCCUCAAAGAUGGGGAGUGGGAACCUGUAUUCGUACGCGAGAAGGUCAAAGUGAAAGAGCAGAUCAAUGGCCAUGUGAAUGGCACAACAGCAGAGCCAAAGGAUGUAGAAAUGAUAGACGGAGCACAACCGCGGCCAGAGACCAACGGCCAGACAACCAGCGAUCAUGAGACCAAGAUGGAGAACCUCCCUUCAGACUCGACAGGUGCGGUCCAACCCGCCGAGCCACAACCUGACACUACGAUGGCAGAAGAUGAAGAGACAGAAUACUACGAUGAUCCAUACACGUCAGCGAAUGCAGUAUACCCUCUUCAGUCUGGACGUAUUGAGAACUGGCCUUGCUUCUUCGCCCUGUUGUCGCAUAUAUACCAAAUGAUAUCUCCCCCCUUCCACAUGCCAGUAUUAGUGGUUUCACAGCCUUGCUGGACAGCAAGAGAUAAGGAAACCAUAACUCAGUACUUCUUCGAGAGCUGGAAAAUACCAGCACUAUGUAUCAUGGACAGCGCUUUGGCCGCCGCCUGGGGGUUUGGUGUGCAGAGUGCUUGUGUGAUAGAUGUCGGACAGGACAAGUGUGAUGUUACGGCAAUAACGGAUUAUGUUGUCAACGAAAUCGGCAGGGGUGUAGCCAUCGAGGGCUGUGGUGGAAGCGCCCUUACAGCAAGAUUAAGAGAAGAGUUUGAGAAGCAGAGGGAGAGAUACGAAGGUAUCGAGGAUCUAAAUGAGCUGGCUGAGCAGGUCAAGCGCAAUGCAAUAUGCGAGAUCCUGCCAGCUGGAGUACCAUUACCAGGACAGGCGCCUGAAGUCGUUCAACAACCAGCCCCGAAUCCUCUCGCCGCAGCGAGCACCGGCUCUGAAGCUCCACCGAAUCCUUCUGAGGUUGUCCCAAAGGCAGCACAAAACGGGGAAGCUAGUAAGGUGGGCACUACUGAAGAGGAAGAAAACGAGGGUGUGCUCGACGUGGCGUCUAUUGUGGCCAGAAGUGAUGCCGCAGAGCUAUUGGCCAAGCGAGAGCGGGAAAAGGCGGAAAGAGAAGCAAAGAAAAAAGGAGGCGCUGUCGAGGCACCCAAGCAAAACAGGCUACGAAAUUCCGACAAGCACACUGCUAGCUUCACUUUCGAGGACUAUCCUGCUCCGACGUUGGAUCACUCAGAUACUUCGACGAGGAGCCGGAAGCGAAAGCGAGAGGUCGAGGUUGGACCAGAAAGAUUCCUGCUAGCCACAUCAUCCGCGGAGUCGUCAGACAAUGUAUUGGAAAGGAUAGCUAGUGCAGUGCAUGGAACUAUCAUGGCUGUUCCCGAUAUAUCUGCUCGGUCGGCGCUGUGGGACAACCUGAUAGUAGUGGGCAAUGGCAGUAAAGUUAGGGGCUUCACAAACGCCUUGGUGGAAACACUAUCAGCACGAUAUACACUUUCGCCAUCCAACACCACAAUAUUCACAUCCGAAAUACCUUCAACCUUCUCCACGCCAGUACCGACCGGCGGCACGAACACACCAAUCCCGGGUCAGGCGAGCAGUGCACAACAUCACACUGGCUCAGGUGUCAAUCCACUUCUUGUUGCGGCAACUAAGAAUAUGAUGCAGCCUGGUCAGCAUCUGCAGGUGCCUGGUCAACUGCAACAGCAGCAUCUACAUGGUGGCUAUACGCCUCUAGGAGCCAUGGAUCAAAUGCAGCAUCAGAGCUAUAGAGGCAUGUCACAAUCACCUACCAGUAUGAAAACUGUAAAAGCACCCGAGUACUUUCCUGAGUGGAAGGAUCCAUCGGUGGCUGGAAUGGAAGAGGCAAACUUUCUUGGAGCCCAGGUCGCAGCCAAGGUUGUGUUCAUUGUUGACCAGGGCAUCAGCAAAGGCUUCUUGACCAGAAGUGAAUACAAUGAACUUGGGCCUGAAGGAAUACAUAGCUGUGCGAUGUGA